ACCAUCAGCUCUUAGCUAAGCACCUCAUAUUUGUCUCCUCCAUUUCCACCCCCUUUAAUUUCUUCCCCCAAAUUAAGAACACACAGAAAAAGAGAGAGUGAUCGUAUAUUCGUAUGUGAAAGGGUACAUCGUACAUGGUAAGUAACAUGGAGCAAAGUGGGAACAUGAUAGCGCCGUUUGUGAUGAAAACGUAUCAGAUGGUGAGUGAUCCAUCAACAGAUGAUCUAAUCAGUUGGGGAAGAGCUAACAAUAGUUUUCUUGUGGUGGAACCUCUUGAGUUUUCGCAGCGGAUUCUUCCCUCAUUUUUCAAGCACAACAAUUUCUCUAGCUUUGUUCGACAGCUUAACACCUAUGGAUUUAGAAAGGUAGACACAGAUAGGUGGGAAUUUGCAAACGAGUGGUUCUUGCGAGGGCAAAAGCACCUUCUAAGGAACAUUGCACGCAAGAAGCAUACAAAUCGGCCCCAAUAUCCCCACCAUCAAGACACCGAUGAUCACGAGUUAUUAGUUGAAAUUCAACGGCUGAGGGAUGAGCAAAGAACGUUAGAUAAUGAGCUUAUAGGGAUGAAUCGACGGUUGGAAGCAACCGAGAGGCGCCCCCAACAAAUGAUGGCCUUCUUAUGUAAAUUCGUAGAGAAUCCUGAUAUAUUGCCACGUGUCAUGGCGGAGCGAGACCGCGCCAAACACUUAUGCGGUGGUAGUGAUGAGGCACCCGCCAGCCCUGAAAAGCGGAGGCGACUCGUGAUGAAGUCGUCCUCCACGUCGUCUUCCGGCAUGGGCCACUCAUAUAGCGAGGAGGACGAGGACAACAACACCUUUGGAGCGAUUUCACGGUCACAUAAAAAUUACGAGGUCGAUGAAUUCCCUCACUCUCCCUCGUCACCUUACACAUGUAAUAGUCCUAUGUUUUUAAAUAGGUUACCAUCUAGCAAUAAUGGACAAUAUAAUUGUGUUAGUGUUACUUCUAACCCAUUACCUAUGGAUUUGGGUCCAAAUCUUGACCAUUUACAAAUGGGUAUGGACAACAAUAUAUAUUUUGGACAUCAUCCUAAUUAUAUGUCCUUGAAAGAGGAAAAUCCACCAUAUCCAUUUUCACUUUUAGAUGGGAGCUUUUAGGUCCUUACUAGAUUCUAUUGUACUAAAUUUGGUAUCUCAUAUCACCAUUUUUAAAUUUUAUUUUGUUUUCUCUCUUUUGGUUGGGUAAUUGUUUGUGUAUUUUGUAUAGGUUAUGAUACGCGGUACGUGUAAGGUUUUUAUUAGUCAAAAUGUUGACAUUAAUUUGUUAAAAUAGGGUCAUUAUUAUGUAUAAGUUGAUAAGGUAGAGAGAAAUAGUGUUCAUAAUGAUUAGUGAUUGAUAAUGAUUUUAUUGGCUACAAGCUUUAUUAUUUUGUA